AUGUACAAAUUUUCAGCUUAUUUGUUUGUUUGAUUUCGAUUAUAAAUUAUAUCACUUAGAUAGAAUCAGUAUUAUAACUCAUAACAACAAAAACAGAAUGUUGUUAUUAAUCUCUACCUUAAUGUUUGUUGUAAUGAAUGAGAUUAAUAGUGUAAAGUAUGAAGAAUAUGCUAAGAUGUCCAUCUUAAAUACGGACCCACCUGACUGUCAUUUUCUUUGUGAACUUUGUACUUCAACAGUAAAUGCUACUAAAUACAUAUUGGAUAAUGAACCAUUUAUACCGAAAAUACUUAAAAAUCUUAUGCCAAUUUGUUAUAUGUUACCAAAGUUACAAUAUCGAAAAAUUUGUUAUCAUCUUGUAGACGGUGGUGCAGUUGAUAUAAUUCAUGAAUUGGUGAAUAAAAUUGAUGAAAAUAACUUUUGUUUUCAUAUUGGAUUAUGUCAUAAUACAAUUCCAUGCCCAAGUUUUCAAAAGACAUUGACCUAACACCAGUUUCCUCAGCUUUACUGGUAUAUCAUGUUGACAUGGAACCUGGAUCAAAUAAGGAUGUUCCGUCAGUAAUGUCUGGCCAAAUCUUUCAUGUCAUUUGUGAAAAUGAAUAAUAAAUAUUAAUUACUAUUGAUUAUAAUUUAAGUAUGUUUAAAGUUAUUGUAUUUUCAUUUCAGAUAAUGACUUGUCUACUUAGAUAAAUUUUAUUGUGUUGAAUUCAUACAACAAGAAGAUAGAUCUUUUGAAAUGAUGGAAAUACACUUCAUAAUAUUGACAAUUAUUUCAAUCUA